AUGAACUUCAUCACGAGAAUGGGAAAGAAAGCCAUGGCCGCGGCGACCUCAGCGGUUGAGGAAAAGUCAGACGAGGAAAACAACGCAGUUCAGAACGCGGUGAAUGAUAAGAAGAAGGCGGCUCCGAAGGCGACUGAGAAGGGAGAGAAAAACCAGAAGAAUCAAAAGAAUGAGAAGAAGGUGACCCCCAACGCGGGAGGCCAAGGAACGCCAAAGGUACAACUCAACGGAAGCGUAAACAAAAAGGAAAAAGAGACCGAUGGUAAGAAGAACAACAAUGCAAAGGAGAACAACGCCACUGGUCCUAGUAACACGAAAGCUGAGCAAAACCAGAACACGCCAAAGAAGAAAAAGAAAGCGAACAAAAAUAACAAGAAGGAGGAUGCUUCUGCGGAGAACGUAAAUGAGGACUCCGUGGAGCAGGAAAAGGUAAACGAGAGCCCCGCGCAAGGCAAGGCCAAGGGAGCAAAGAAGGCUGAUGCGAAGAAGGCCGACGCCAAGAAGACAGAUGCGAAAAAGGCCGAUGUGAAAAAGGCCGAUGCGAAGAAGACUGAAGCGACAAAGACUGAAGCGACAAAGACUGAAGUGACAAAGACUGAAGUGACGAAAGACGAAUCCAAGGAAGAACCCAAGAAAGACAUGAAAAAGGAACUCAAGCUGAAAGAAGAUGAAAGGAAAAAAAUAGAAAACGAUUUAAAUAAAAAGUUUCUAAAGUUAAGCAAACAGGAUAACAGCAAAAAUAUCAACGACAAAAUAGAGGCAGAAGCAAAGAGAAAGAGCGAGUACGAAAAUUUAAUCACCUCCAUCAACACAUCCAUUUCCAAAAUAAAUGCACAAACACCCAGACCAACAAAUAUGAAAAUGUCAUCUGCAGAAGUAGAGAACAAAUGCAAGGAAGCUAAAUUGAAGAAGAAAAAAAUCAACCCUAAAAAUGAAGAAGAAAUGGAAGAAGUAAAUACGUACAUUAAUUACCUAGAGGAACAAUUAAACAUAACUAAAAAUUACGAAAGUUUUAAAAAUUUUCAAAACAAGUUGAUCACCUUGAGAAAGACAUGUGAGGAGAAAUUAAAAGAGAAUGUGAAAAGUAUGUCUGAAAUGAAAGGCCAAGAAAAGAAAUUACGCUUCGUCGAUAAAAUAAUAAAAUUUAAAAAGGAAAAACAUAACGUAACCAUUGUGGAAGCAGACAUUACGAACAAAGAAUUUGUCAUGCCUAGUGACAAAUACAACCAGCUAAUUAAGCCCUUCAAUUUUAUUAACAAAAUUCAGAAUAAAUAUGUGGUAUAUGUGGAUAAAGUGAACAACAACAAUUUUGAGAAUAAAGUGUCCUUGUUCAUUUCUGGCUGCGGGGAAGAUAUAGAAAAUUUUAUAACCCACGUAAAAAAUCUCGACUUAACAGAAAAAAAUUAUUUAUAUAUGCCUAACAGGACGUUCAAAUCUAUGCUGAAUAUGCAUGAAGGUAGCUUUAAAAAAAUGGAAGAAGAAACAAAUGUUCUAAUGCACAUUGAUAAUGAUACCCUUUACUACUGCGGAAUGAAGAAUGAUAUAGAAAAAUUGAAGGAAAUAAUUGAAAAGGCCAACACGGAACAAAGUGCUAACACGAAAAAUAUUUCAAAGGAUAUUAAAUUGGAUUCUGUUCUUGGAAGAGGAUUUAACAAAAGUUUAUUAAAAGCAAUAGAGACCAAGACGAAUACAUUCAUCCGUAUGAAUUACGACCCCAAGAGUUUCGAAGCAUGGGCAACGAUUAAGGGAAAUAAAAACAGCGAUAUUGAAGAAGCGGAGGAAAAACUGAACGAAAUUAUUAAAGGCUUAGAAUCAAAAUUUGUAGAACUCGAUGAAAGAGAAAUGUUUAACCUGUACAAAAAAUGUGCUUACGAAUUAAAUGACAUAAAAAUUAAUUUGAACCUUUUUGUUGUACGUCACGAUAAUGGUAUUAGUCUGGUCGGAAAAGGAGAAAAUAUUCAAAAGGGAUUAGAAAUAUUGGAUUACGUGAAAAAUGUUAUAUCCUCCAAAUCAGUGAAGAAAAAAGUAACUGAAGAAGAAGCCUACCUGUUCAACGCCAACUACAGAAAUUAUAUUAAAACACAAACUGGCGCCGAAGUAAAAAUAUUUAACAAAACGAAUUAUAAAGAAUUAAAUAUUAGUGGAAAUAAAAAUGAUAUAGAUAAUGCUUUGAAACUGAUUGAUGAGUUGCUAGAAAAGAGAAAAUGUGUACCUGUUGAAAUUACCGAAAAGGUAAUUGCCAUGCUCUUGUCCUCCAAGGCACAAAAAAUUAAAGAAAUUGAAAAAGACACCUCGACAAGUAUUCAAAUAAAUAAAAAUAAUCACGUGGCACAAAUAUAUGGACAUGAGGAAAAUAUUGCCCAGGCCAAAGAUGUUUUACAAAACUUGUUAUUACAAUCAGCAGAUGAUAAAGAAGAAAAAUUUAAUACAAAUAAUAAUUACAUCACGGUGGAAAUGGUGGUAGAUACAGAAUAUAUUGGAAGCAUUAUUGGCAAGAAGGGGAGAACUAUAAAUAAGAUACAGGAGGAAACAUUUGCCAAAAAAAUACAUAUCGAUAAGGAUAGUAAGAAGGUCUUAAUUCAAGGCACACCACAAACGGUUGAUGCGGCACAAAAGGAAAUUUUAAGAAUUCUUAAUAGAAGCAAAGAAGAAAAUGGACAAUAUAAUAAUACCUACCAAAAUGACCGUUAUAAAAACUUCAGUCAUUCCCUCACACCAAAUAGGAGGACCACAUACAAUAGCACCAGCAACAACAACACCAGGUCAGGCAACAAAUCUUCUUACCGACCUGAUUCGGCCAAAAACGGUGUAUACAUAAAUACCAAUGACGAAAAGGCCUUCCCCAGCCUCCAUGACGUCAGUAAUAUUCAAUCGAGGAAGACCAAGAAGGCCAUCAACGAGGCCAACGUGAAGAAGCAAGACGAGCAGGAGCAGGCAGCUGAGGUCGCGACGACCGACAAGCAAUAG